AUGCUCACAGCCGGCGGCGGCGGCGGCGGCCGCGGCGCCGGCCCCGCCGUCGCUAUGAACGAGUCGGUGGUACGACGGACGCAGGAGUGCUUGGGACAAGUGAUCCGCAAGCCGCCCUUGACGGAUCGGCUGCUGAGUAAGCCGCCCUUCCGCUACCUGCACGACGUGAUCACCGAGGUGAUCAGAGUGACAGGCUUCAUGAAAGGGCUUUACACGGAUUUUGAAUUGAAAUCAGAUAAUGUCAAGGAUAAAGAUGCCAAAAUCAGCUUCCUUCAGAAGGCCAUCGAUGCUGUUGUAAUGGUAACGGGAGAGCCACUGUCAGUAAAACCAGCACGUGUUGUGGCUGGACACGAACCUGAGAAAACAAAUGAGUUUCUGCAAGCCAUUGGGAAGUGUUGCUUAAAUAAGCUGUCCAGUGAUGUUGCUGUAAAAAAGAUCUUAGCUGGGGAAAGAGCUGAUGCUAAAGGAAAACCUCCAUCCAGUAAACCUCGAGAUACAGAAAGCAGGGAGACCAAAACAGAAGAGCAAAAAAGCCGUAGGGAUAAAGAGGGAAGAGGAGAUACUGACAUUAAAGACAGAAGUUCGAGCAGAGACAGAAAACACAAAGGAGAUGUCAAAGAGAGCGAAGAAAGAGAAAAGGAAAGUGAAAAACAGAAGGAUAAUGAGGAGAGGCACAAAGACUCUGAAAGGGACAACUUUAAGGAAGGAGAAAAACAAGAAAGGGAAAGAAACAAAAGCAGAACAACCAAGCAGGGAAGAGAAACAGAAAAAAGCAAGGGAAAAAGAGACGUAGAACGAGAAGAUAACAUUGAAUGGAAUAAAGUACAGGAAAGGGAGAAAAAAAAUGAAGGAGGAAGAGAAACAGACAGACUGAAAGGAAGAGACAAAGAUAAGACCAGGGAGAGAGAACGAGAGAAGGACAGAGAGAAGGGAAAAGACCGUGAAAGGGACAGACAGAGAGGCAGAGGGAGAGAUGGAGAGCAUGUACAAGAGCACGGGAAGGAUAAAGCAGAGAAAAAGAGUGAAAGUCCUGCAGGAAUAUCAAGGCAGCCUUCAACAAAAGGAUCAAGGCAACGCGCCAAACCCAGAGGAGAAGGAACGGUAGAAAUGAAGAGUGUGGCAGAUAGGAUUUCAGAGGACAGUGCUGCUAAACUGCAGGAGAAAGCUGAACCAGGACUUGUAGUAAAACAGAAAGAAGAAGAAGCAGAGAACCUUGAUCCUGAAAAGCCUGAAGUAUCUGAAAAUGGUGAAGUAGCCAAUGAUCUUCCACCUCAGGCUAUCCAAAGACGUAUUCCCCGUCCUAGCAGUGCAAGGCCAGCACCACCCCGAGUAGUAAAACGCCAAGAGAGCACGGAGGCCUUGCUUCCAGAAAGGAACGGUAGUAGUAAAGCAGUCUCAAAUGUGAUCACAGACCAGCAGGCUUCUGAUGAUGAUGACGACCAGUUUGUGGUGGAGGCAGCCUUGCCAGUGCCCGAAAUGCCAGAGCUGGAAAUGGAGCCAGAAGUGGAUCUGGAGGAGGAUGAAAAACAUGGUGGACUUGUAAAAAGAAUCCUAGAAACAAAAAAGGACUAUGAAGCAUCACAAAAAUCAAAGACAACAGAGAAGGAGAAGCCUUUUGUAUCAGAAGCAGCGAGGAAGAAAGAGAGAGAGUUGGUAGCCAAAGAAAUGGAGAAGUUUCGGGACUCUAUUCAGACUCUGUGCCGCAGUGCCUUUACGCUUGGCAGGAUCAUGGACUACGUUCAAGAAGACAUGGAUGCCAUGAAGAACGAGUUGCAGAUGUGGCGGCAUGAGAACAGACAGCAUGCAGAAGCUCUGCAGAAAGAGCAGAGCAUCACGGACAGUGCUGUAGAACCACUAAAAGCUGAACUGGCUGAGCUGGACCAGCUGAUUGAAGAUCAGCAAGACAAGAUUCGUGCUGUUAAAGCUAAUGUUUUAAAGAAUGAGGACAAAAUCCGGAGGAUGGUACUUAGCAUAAACCUGUCUUCAAGAAGGUGAAGAAGGGAGGGACAAAAAAAAGCCUUGGGACUGAUAGACUGAUAUUCCUACCAAAUAAAAAUUCUUACCAAAUAGUGGAGAAAAGUGAAGAUAUGCCUUGUUGGGAUGUAAAGUGGCUAGGGACUGGGAGCCUAAGAGUUAUAUAAAAUACCAUUGAUCUUUAGGUGUUGAUAUUACUGUGGAUAAAAUGAUGUCCAUUUGAUUGCUCAAGGUGCAGAGCUAUUAAAAUAACUUGUUUGUUUAAAUGUGAA